AUGAAGAUCAAAAGACUAAGCUCCAGUCGUCCCAUCGACCCACGCAACUAUUGGCAUCUGAAAGUCCCAGGCUCCGUCGCGGAGUUGAAAGCAUCUCUUGACUCCCAAGGGAUGUCUUAUGUCAAGAGUUCCAACAAGGCCACACUCACAGACAUUCACAUACGGAACCAAUGUGGUUUCUCAGAUUAUCAGAAAUGCGAUAUCGACGAAUUGAGAAAUUUCUGCACCAGUCGAGGCCUGCUACCGCUCCCAGAGCUCGAAGGCAAGAAUAAACGCCAGCGCAAGAAGUUAUUGGGGCAACAUCUUCAGGAUGCAGAUGACAAUUCUACCUUCAAUAGAUUUAUGGACUUGCCCCCGGAGCUGCGUGUGAACAUCUACGAGUUCUACUUCCAUGAUCUUCAAGCGAAAUUCAAACCAUUCGACUGGUCGCCGGACAUUCCCAAAACGCAGCCACCUAUUACCACUCCUUCGCGACUCGUCCGCAAGGAAUCUUUGUCAGUAUUCUAUGACCUGCUCACCUUUAAAUUCACGCCUCGUCCGAAACUAAGCGAAAUCGAACGCCGCUUCCUCGAGCUUGCGCCGCAAUCUGUUCUGGAUGAGGUUUGCAACAUUCAAAUGACGAGGCAUAUUAUAUUCGACUAUUUCGCGGAUGAUCCAGUUACUGGUGACCAGAUGGGCCGCCGUUGGGGAGCUGAUUGGACUCUGCUCAUAUCUCCCGGCAACAUGAAUUUGCGGAUGACUGGUAUGCUAGAGAUCAAAGAGGGCGACUUCGGCGUGGUUGAUGAGCUGGGCGAUGAUGAUCUCGACGAUGCUACAAAAAUCCGAGCGGAUGUCGUGAUGCAAAAUCGAUUAGCCGCAUUUCUCGAAAAGCGUGACUACGAUGGUAUGCGAUUCCGGCUUGUCUCUGACGAUGUCCGCAAUAUUCGUGAGUUGUUUGAAGAUGUUGGUGGGUAUGAGUGGCAUGGAGGCCUGCCUUCGGAGACCGAGUGGGACAGCGAUGAGAACGGCAAUUUGAAUAAGACUACGCACCGGUAUUCCCACUCACCAUAUCUCCAUUCUUUGCGACUUUUCCGAAGCAUCAAAGCACCACAUUCAAAGCCUGCGGACAGCCUGUUGGAUCGCGUGAAGAACCUAGAGAUCAUCCUUCCAACAAUGGUCGAGGUUGAGCAAUACGAUGCCAGCUCAUACUUCGAUGGCGAGAUCUAUUGGAAGAUUCCGGUCGUGAACGGCAGGAUGUCAGACCACUUGCUGGCGCUUUUGAAAGAGUUAUUGGAGGACACGUACAGCUUGACAUAUGAUUGCGGUGGAAGAAAUUCCUGGUGUUACGGGUUGCGUACCAGUGAACUCCCAGAUUUGUUUAUGGAGUUCUAUGAAGACCCGGCCGAGAUGGCAGCAAUAGAGCAGGAGGAAGAGGAUCCCAUCUACGAGCAGGGCGUUGAUCUGAACAUCGCGACCCGUCUCAAUGCGCAGCCUGCGGCCCCGGCCGUCCGGCACAUUCACUCACCAUUCCGAUAUCUUACCGAAUCUAGCUUUCCCAAUCUGCGACUGACACCUCCACUCACUCCCGCCAUCACCAUACCGUCACCAUGGAAUCAGAACCAAAUCUGGCAGCGCUGCCCGCCGAACUGCAAGUCGAAAUUGCAGAACUACUCGGGGAAGGUCAAGACAUGCGCGCACUUCGCGCCACUUCUCGAACAUCUAUUCGCUGAACGGUUCUUCCAGCGCCGCAGUCACCUUUACACCGUGCAUGGACUCGAAGCAUUGCGCGACAUCAGUAGGAAGGCUGUGUUUGCGCGACACAUCAAGCAUGUUGAGCUGGUAGUGGUCGAUAUUGAUAAUCAGGACGAGGCCUUUGAAGAAGAUAUCGAGUCUCGGACAGGAGUUCAUCUCGCAGCGACGGCGGAGGCAGAGCGCCGGUACCGAGCAGAGCAGAUGAGACGGCAGCGAUACGACUAUAGUCUUCUCUAUCAGGCCUUGAAGGCUUUCAAGCAACUCGGUGUGGCGAAAGACAUCAAAGUGACGGCCAAUCUCUGGAUGCACGAGCCUCCAGCACUGCCAAUCAACGCGCGAAGAAUCCACGUGGAGAAGAAGAUGCAGGAAUCACGCGGUGGCGUCUUCGGUGUCAAAGCAUUCCUGCAGAGCGACAUUUGCGCUGGAACGAUCGACGAGGCAGUAGAAUCUUUACUGCUAGCUCUCGCGCGAUCUCACCACACAAUCGACACCCUCGAUCUCGGCUUCAGAAGCAGCGACGUUCUACAAGAUUCCUUCCUCCCAUUCCAUCACCUCGAAAUCCCGGAAGAAAUCGACCGUGUAUGGCAGAUAUUUCGUCAGCUGAAGAAAUCGCGACGUGGGUUUACAGAAAACCCGCGUGGCUGGGGAGAAAAUCGAGAUGCUCCGAUGCGCCACCCAUCUCGAAGAACUCUCAAUAAGCAUGGGUGGCAACGAAGAUACACGAGGAGUCUCAAUCGAUUUUUCGCCCGGGAGAUUGGUGCUUCGAACAUCAAGCGCUUCGCCUUAACCGAUUCCCACGCCACAGAAGCAGACAUCAUAGCACUGCUCUCUCGCUACAAGCAUUCCCUCGAGGCUCUGCAUUUCACGAACAUUGCCCUAGGAUCUGGCUAUGAAUGGCCACCUUUGCUACGUUGGAUUCACGACGAGUUCCCUCAAUUGCAAUCCUUCAGUGCCAGUGACCUGCUUGUCGCACAGAAUGACAUUCCGGUGAAUAUUUACGCCACGUGGCGACUCCCAAACCACCAUACUGCAUUCGCAACUGAUCUCUGGCUGGCACAAUACUCGGCAUAUUUUCUUUGGGCGUUGAUUUUUUUGGGGGGGGGCAUGGGGAGGGCUAGCAGCAGAUUCUCGAGACCUGAGGACGAGCAACGCAGCAUGGCGCCGAGGUUUGCCUUAGGGAUGGGAGCAGAGAGAUGGCAGGACGACUUAUUCUCGCUACAACCACCACAAUCUGGAUUCCAUCGGUUAUCCUCCUUUCAUGGGAAUCGUAAUCAUGUGUCCGGGAUGAGGACCACGGAACUUGGGCUCACUGAAUACUUUUUAGAACUUCUGCCGGAGCGGGUUCGAUGCAUGUGGCUUUUUCUCGUGAACUUUGACGGGAGUGAAGCCUCGUUGACUGGCAUGAGGAUGGAUCGUGAAGCUGAUGAUUUGUGUCGUCCACCACUGGAUGAUUUGGAUCGAUUGCUCAAUCAAGAAGGCAUAAUUCAUCGAAUGACUCAAAGGUCGUUGCUUGUUGCAAAGAUGUGGAAUGAAAUGAUUGCAUACGCGCUUUCCUUCGCGAUACACACCUACAACACCAAAGACAUCGAGACCGCGCCACCUCGAGUCUCAUUGUCGGACACGAUGGCGACCCUCGACAGCCUUCCGGCAGAGAUGCAUGUCGAGGUCGCUAGCUACCUUGACAACGCCAGCAUAAUUGCAACACGUCAAGUCUGCCGCACGCUGGCCAAGAACUCACACGAUAUCUUCGUCGAGCGAUUCUUCCGUCGCAGAGCCCAUGUCUUCACACCGGAGUCAAUCGCGAUCCUCCGACAGAUCAGCACCAGUCCGUUGGCUCGCCAUGUGCGCGAACUCGAGCUGAUCGCCGUCCACAGAAACAGGCGCGCCGGUAACGAUGGACGCAGCAUCGCUGUCAAAUCUCGCCUCUUCACCCAGAUAGAUAGUCUGACCCUGAUCGAUGGCCUCAAGCUCGUGGACAUCUUCCAGAACUUCCAGAGGCUCGAUGCAUGCCGGAGCAUCAAAGUAAGUUCACGGAACUGGUUCAGAAUUGAGCCAGAAGAAUGCGGCUACAAGGAAACCGUCAUCAAGAUGGCUCGAUCACAGGGUAUCUUUGGCAUGGCGCUGUUGCUCAGGACGCUUGGCCCACACCUGAAGAAGGGUGAUCUGGAAGCGCAAAACGCGGGCAGCAUCUUCAACAUGGUCAAUCGAGAUCUCGCGCUGAGCAAACUUGAAGCCCACUCUCUGAACUUCUGCCACAACCAAUGCGAGACUUUCCCUGAAGAAGUAUACUUAGAUCAGACACUGUGUGAGCCAGCUUGGGCGCAUGUUCGUUCGUUGGCGCUGGGAUUCGCAUAUUGUUUCGGAGAAGAUGAAGAGCUAUGUCAAACCAUUGGCAAAUGCUCCAGACUCGAACGGCUUGGUCUCGAUCGUCUGAGGCCGGGCUUCGUGGGACCUCUAGCUGCAGCUCUUCUUGCCACCAACAUCUCAUCGAUCUCUUUACUUUGCAUGGGUGGCACGGAGUGGCAAUUGUGCGAGAAUGUACUCAUCAAGCUCCUCCCGCGCCUUAAAGUUCUGCGACUAGAACACAUCUGGCUGGUGGAAGGCUCGUGGAAGGGUGUCUGCAGGCUCUUGCGCAAAGGCGGCCUGAAGGAGUUGACCCUGGGACCUAUGAUUCACGUGGCGGAACGCUGGUAUUUCAGGGCAGAAGCGGGACAUGGCCCGUACCACGCUGAGGGAUUGCACGAGGUCGACCAGCUGUUGGUUCGAUUGAUCGAGCAUGGCUGUCACGAGUGGAGAUCUGAUGAUGUCUGA